CCGGGGCGGGCGCGGCCUGCUAGACCCGCGCUAGCGCCCUUCCGGGGAGCGGGCCUUUUCGGGGCGCGGGCGGUCUCAGCGCCCGAGAGGGAUUCUGAAUAUGUCUGGCAUAGCUCUUAGCAGACUUGCACAGGAGAGAAAAGCCUGGAGGAAAGAUCAUCCAUUUGGAUUUGUAGCAGUACCUACAAAAAAUCCAGAUGGCACAAUGAAUCUAAUGAACUGGGAGUGUGCUAUUCCAGGAAAGAAAGGGACACCAUGGGAAGGAGGCUUAUUUAAACUACGAAUGCUUUUCAAGGAUGACUAUCCUUCUUCACCCCCAAAAUGUAAAUUUGAACCACCAUUAUUCCACCCAAACGUGUAUCCUUCAGGCACAGUGUGUCUCUCCAUCUUAGAGGAGGAUAAGGACUGGAGGCCAGCAAUCACAAUUAAACAGAUCUUGUUAGGAAUACAAGAACUUCUAAAUGAACCAAAUAUUCAAGACCCAGCUCAAGCAGAGGCUUACACAAUUUACUGCAAGCCUUCAUAGCUGAAAGUAAGUUAAGUUUACUGCAAAGCUGUCUGCAAAAUCUAGUCACUGUAAACUACCUUUGGCACAAGAGUAAUGGUAACAAAUUUUUGUUUAGCUCUUGACUGACACUUCUGACAGCUAAUACAAAUUACGGUGUUGAAUGUAAACGGAUGCUCUACUAAGCUACUACCAUCCCUUGUUGGCCCAAGAAUAGAAAACAAAAGAACUUGCCUUUUUAUGUGUUGAGGCUUAAUGACUGGUCAUAGUUCCUUGAAGUAGUACUUGCUUGUUUAAUCAAUCUGUAGCAAGUAUGCUAGACUUAGUGAACUACAGUGUUUUUUCAAAAUGUUGAGCUAGCUUUUUUUCAACUGAAGAUUAGGAUAAACCUAACACUGAGUCAGGGGUCUGCAGAGAUAAAGGCUGAAACUACCAUACCAUCAUCACUUUCCCAUUCCUUAAAGAGUGCUUCCCCUCUCUCCCCAAAGCAGUAAAAUCAUACGAAGUCCACCAACUGUUAAGUGAACUGCUCUCAUCAACCACUUUGUGCUGUUAGGAUACUGGAAUAUAUUGUUAAUGAUCUCAGGUCUUAACAUGGGGAGUGGAAAACUUACGUUCAGAUGAGUAAGAAUGCUUGCAUAUAAGGUACAGCUGGCCUUGAGAAAGAGCAGGCGCAAACCUGUUUAUAGAGACUGGUAUGGUAUGAAGUCAGAUAGUACAAUUGUUUGACAACAGACGAAGUUUGGGAAGUAACUAGUUAAACAGUGCCUUACUUCCCUCCAGAGGAAAUUAUCAGAGUAAUGAUCCAGAAAAGCCUUUAAUAUACUGUAGUAUUCAGUGAAUUCCUACUUAAUGGUUUUGCCUUCAGCAGUGACUUAGUUUCAUAUUGAAGAGAAAUAAAAGAACAGUAACUCUGUAAUAUGGCCUCUGAUUUCUAAAGCUGUAAUUACCCUUUCUCUCUCUUCUACUCAGCCAAAACAGAGUGGAAUAUGAAAAGAGAGUUCGAGCACAAGCCAAGAAGUUUGCACCAUCAUAAGCGUCUGUCAUGCAGCAUCUUAAAAAGGAAGGGAUUGGUUUGGCAAGAACUUGUUUACAAAACUUUUGCAAAAUCUAAUGUUGCUAUGUACAAUUAAUAUCCACUUAGGGGAGGGGGUUGUAUGUGUGCCAUUUUCCAUAUUCGCCACUUGUAUACAGUUCUAAAUUUGCUGAAUUGCCCCCAGUUUUUUCAUACAGGGUCUCUUCCUUCAGUCUUUUGUAUUUUUGAUUGUUAUGUAAAACUUGCUUUUAUUUUAAUAUUGAUGUCAGUAUUUCAACUGCUGUAAAAUUAUAAACUUUUAUACUUCUAUAAAUUCACUAGUAUCUCUAGUUACUUUGCUAUCUGAUGCAGGCAUGCUUUAAAAUGUUAGAACUAUAUUUAGCCUCUAGCUGGCUG